UCAGGAUGCAAGCAGAUUUUUUUAAAGGACAGACCUACCGCUGCCUUCUCCUAUACUGUACAAUGUGUAUAGAGAACUGGCAUGCCCCAGAAAGCUCGGUGAUGUAGAAUAACAACAACAACAAUAAUAUUAAGAGAUAACAUAGGAAAUGAGUUCUUCUAUAACAAAAAGCGACUCCAAGACUUCCCUGCUGAAAUGCGGAGCGGCGAGAGGAGACUUUCACGUGGGAAACGCGCCCCGCAGGCGAGGCAGUCAGUGGAGCGACGCGGUCGAGGAGCAGCCGCCGGCGGGAGGUUCGGCCAGGGGGGUCGGCACCGCGGCGGCGGCGGCGGCGGACGCCAAAGCGUCCAGGAAGCGAGGCACGGGCGGCAAGCCGCAGGCAGCCGGCGGCAGAGGAGAGCGGGGGGAAGGGCAGGGGCAAACCAGCGAGCGCAGGAAGCGGGCACCGGGCAGCAAGGUGGCUCGGUGCAGGAAAGGCGCGUUGGAGAGAAGCGGCAGCGAGUGCUCGCUCCUCAGCGGCUCGGCGUCGCCCUCCUCGUCCAAAUCCAGCAAGGCCAGCUUCCAGUCGGUGGACGUCGACCCCGGUCUGAGCCCCAUGUUGGACUCGGUGUUUGGUCAGGACAGAGAACUGGGAGCAGAAGAAAUUGAAGGCAAGCCACAAAGCAAAGAAACCCAACAUGCAAAGAGAAAAAAGGAAAACCAUGCUAACAAUACAAAUAAGCAAACAGCAUUCAGAAUUGAAGUUCACUACGAGCUAAGAGACGCAUUCAGAGAAUUUGAUAAGGACAAGGAUGGUUUCAUUGGCUGUAAAGAUCUGGGCAACUGCAUGCGAACAAUGGGCUACAUGCCAACCGAGAUGGAGCUGAUUGAACUCUCCCAGCAAAUUAACAUGAACUUGGGCGGCCAUGUUGAUUUUGAUGACUUUUUGGAAUUGAUGGGACCCAAGCUUUUGGCGGAAACGGCUGACAUGAUUGGGGUGAAAGAGCUCCGGGAUGCUUUCAAGGAGUUCGACACAAAUGGAGACGGGGAGAUCAGCACGACAGAGCUCCGUGAAGCCAUGAAGAAGUUACUCGGCCAACAGAUCGGACACCGGGACAUUGAAGAAAUACUGAAAGAUGUGGACUUGAACGGUGAUGGGCGUGUUGACUUUGAAGAGUUUGUCCGGAUGAUGUCUCGCUGACCAAGGGAAACGACCUCUGGACCAAGUUGGCAAAUAGCCACCAAAUAACACAAACUGAUGCAGUGUCUUCAUACUCUACUUGAGACUAUUAAACAGCCUUGCUGGCUAGGGAGCAAAACUUUUCUGUUCCGAGCUACUGAAGAAAUGCCAAGUGCCCGCCAUGCUGGGGCACUGUGUAACAAACUGCAACUCUUUCUACUGUCAUGCUACCUGGAUUUCACAUUAAACAUCAUCCCAGAAUCAUAUACAGGUGAUCCCCACCAAGGAUUGUACAUAUAAACACGGUGGUGAGAUUAAUCUAUAAGUAUGCAGUGCUCAAAAUAAAAUCGCACACAUCAUUGACAGGUGAAAUGUAAAGUUGUAACAAGCUAUUUAUAAUUUGACAGUCUUUUAUGAGGCUUUACAGGAUUUAGCCUUCUGUGAAACAGAAUAUCAGGGAUAAGAUUUGUUUUGUGUCUGUAUUAAUCAUACUGACGCACUUUUGUUUGAUUUGUCUCUGCGAGGUUAAUGCAACAUUGAAACAAAUGAAUUGAUAGUUGCAGUGAAAUGCCAGAUAGGAAAUUAAUUCAUGCUCUCAAAGUUCUAAAUAGUUUCACAGAGGAAAUGAGAUCUCCAGUUGCUGGUAGGUUUUGUGGUGAUAUUGUACUUAACAAUGCAAUGGGGAUGCUCCACAACUCUCCCCAUGGCAACGCACCAGCUCACCCUUCCUUCAAGGUUUGAAUUGGAUCUAACUCCCGCAUCCAUUUUCAGUGACGUGCUGGGGUACACAGCCUGAAAAGGCAUCAGAAACAGAUUGGGUCAUAAGUUUCCGCAGGGAAUUAAAGGGGUAAACUCUGCAAGGGUGUAGAGGAACAGUUCAGUUCUGAGACAGCUUAGAGCCAACACAACUUGAUGACCUCCUGUGCUCUGUGAUUCUUUUUCUGUUUCAUCCUGAUCGCGAUGAGGGAUGUUAACAUCAGAAAUCUUCCCCUUCAUCAUGUAUCAAAUUGCCUCAGGUUUCUGCCUAGACAGCUGUGGUGAAUCUGGACUGAAAUGCUCAAGAAGGUCCUUUCAGCCUUUCCCAAUCUGGAUAUUCUCAAUCUCUCUCCUGCUGUGGGAUGAACAUGUUAACGAGGGUCAGAGUGAAGCUGCUGUAUAAACAACAAUCCCGCCAGAUUGCAUGCAUCCCGUGUUGCCCUAACGUCGAGGGAGAACUUUCUUUUCACUGACUUCGGGCCUCUCCCUCAGAAAGGGACAAUGAAUGACUGGCAUUCAGGGAGUUAAGGAAUUGUCUGCAAUGAUGAAACGUUUAAGUGGUGUUUGAAAGCAUGGUGGGUGAUGAGCCUUUCUCUUUCUGCAUUUACUUUAUGCUUGUAAUCACAGCCUCAGCGUCACUGUUGCAAUGACAGUGGGAGAUGGGAGUUCAUUCUUACUGUGUGGUUCUCGUUUCUGAAGUGUGGCUCCAUUGAAUUUUAUGAGUACAUUGCAUUGACAACACCAUAACGCACAUGAAGCACACGUAACCAAGACUUCUGUGGCUUUAAGGAGUUCUCAAUAUAGGAAGCCAACUUUAACUCCAGAAGCUGGCCCGUGGGUUGCCUCUCGUUCCUCUGCAGUUGGCAGUGUAAUGUGAAGAUGUUUCAAAGGAGAUGCAGUAGAGCAUUUUUUUAAAAGUACCACACCCACACAAAAUCUCUACUUUGACUAGAGCAGAGCAGGUCAGGAAUACCAUGAGUGUCUGAAGGGAACAGUAACAGCUCCAUUGCAGCCCCGUUUGAGAUGAGCUGAAGUAACACUAACCACGUUCAAUGUUCUCCACAGUCUGUCUGGUUUACCCUGGCACAGGUCAGUCACCAUAUUGCUGGGAGGUAGAAACAUCAGAACCUCUUUCAAAAUAAGCAGUUCCCAGAAACAAGAUUGUUACCUUUACCCUAAGCUCUGGAGGAGGGAGAGAGAUGAGUAAACAGAGAACAAAUUUGGGAGCAACACACACAAAAUGCUGGUGGAACACAGCAGGCCUGGCAGCAUCUAUAGGGAGAAGCGCUGUCGUCGUUUUGGGCCGAGACCCUUCGUCAGGUUGGUAUGAUUCCAGCUGUUCCCUGCACAACGAGUUAAGUUCAAAUUCUAGGAGCACUAUUGAGGCCAUGAAUGGUCAGGUCUUAAGGGACUUUGAGGAACAGUGGAACAUAGGACUAGAAGUUCAUAGAUCCUUGAACGUGGCAACACAGGUAAGGCAGUAUGGUUAGGAGGGCAUAUGGAAUGCUGGCUUUCAUUAGCAGGGCACUGACUGCAGAAGGAGGAACAUAAAUACUCCAACACCUUGGUCGGAUCUCAGCUGAAGUACUGUGUGCAGUUCUGGUCGCUGAGGCAUAGGGACGAUGUGUUGGCACUGCGGAGGAGCUUCACCGGGAUGUAGUGAAGGGAGAGUCAGAGGAAGCCUAGCCUUUUCACACCAGAGCAGAGGAAGUUAAGAGUCACAUGAUCGAGGUUUAUAAAAUUAUGUGAGCUCUCAAGAAGGCAGACUGCAGAAGAACUAUCUCCAUAUCAGAGGUAAAUAGAUCCCCUUAUAUAAUAUCUGAAUCUUUUCCCACUUAACUGAAACUCCUUCGCCCAGAGAGUGUAAAGUACCUGCAAUCUCUUGCCUGAGAUAAAGUCAUAGAGUCGCACCACAGGGUCUUCAACCAACAGGUCUACCCUCAUUGCGUUGCCCAGCAAGGUAGUCUCAUCUUCCUGUGUUUGUCCUAGACCCUGUAAACCUCUCAUAUCCAAGUAGCUGGCUUUUAAGUGUUGCUGAUGUGCUCACCUCAACCACUACUUCUGGCAGCUCAUUCCAAGGACACCCCAUCCUUUGCUGCCCCUGAUGUCCCUUUUGCCCCUGAUUUUAAACCUAUGUCCUCAUGCUUAUAGCAUUCCCUCCCCAGGUAAAAGACUACAUGGUUUCACCCUGUGCCCCUCAUGAUCUUAGAUACCCCUUUCAGGUGAUCACUCAAUCUCCUAUGUUCCAGGGGAUAAAGUCCUAGUUCAUGCAUCCUCCUCGUGUAACUCAGGCCCCCAAGUCCAGGUGAGUCUUUCCUGCACUCUUUUUAGUUUAAUAACAUCUUUCCUAUAACACGAUGACUUAAACUGCACACAUACUCUACUGUGCAUUCUACUGUUACGAUGACGACAUUCUCAGGUUGGGGAGCAACACCUCAAAUGCUGUCUGUUUAGCCUCCAACCUGACAGCAUGAGCAUCAACUUCCUUCAAAUUCUCCCCAUUUGGCCUCUCUCUUGUUUCGUUCUCCAUUCUGACUCCCCACUUUUCUCACCUGCCUAUAACCUCCCUCUGAUGCCUCUCUUCCUUCCCUCUCUCCCAUGGUCCACUCUACUAUCAGGUUCCUCCUUCUUCAGCCAUUUACCUCUUCUACCCACAACCUCCCACUUCAUCCCCUUCACCCACUCACCUGCCUUUCUCCUCAUCUGACUUCACCUAACACCGGCCAGAGUGUACCCCUUUCUCCUUCCCCUCCUCCUUUCCAGUCCUGACAAAGGGUCUCAGCCUGAGACAUCGACUGUUUAUUCCUCUCCAUAGAUGCUGCCUGACCUGCUGAGUUCCUCCAGCAUUUUGUCUGCGGUUACCCAAUACUCCACGUCUUCCUCCAAGUGGUUAAAUCUGGGAGGCUAAUAGCAUUGAAGAAGCACCUAGAUGAGCACUUGACUCACUUAGACAAGUGCUGGGUAAUGGGGUUUGUUUGGAAGGGUGUCCACUAGUUAGUAUGGAUGAGUCGGGUCGAUGGCCUGUUUCCAAGCUGUAGGAUUCUAUAAUUCCAAAGAUAAUAGAGCCAAUAGUUGAAGGAAAAGCUUUAAAUAGGCAACUUCCAUGGGUUUUAGUUAGUAAGCAGCUGUUGUGAUGGUGUGGCAGGACUCACCCUUUAAUUGUAGUACUCAGUUUCAUCCUACAGGUCUCUCUGUCU